AUGGACGUGGUGAAUGGAACGGAAUGUCAACUUCAUAAGGAUGACAGCAAAGAGAAAACGAGUGUUGGAAGCAUUCUGGCCAUCAGGAGGUGUGAAUUCGGUUCCAGCGACCUCAGAAACGCUGCCAGUUCUGGGGCUGGUGCAAAGACGCGCUAUGAAGGAAAAGAAACUAAUCAAAGUACCAAACUAAACAACAAUUCAAUGAAGACAAAAACGCUUCCAAACGUUGCUGCAUGA